UAACUUGGACUGAGCGCCAAGAACUCGAUCCGUCAAACAUUGGCGAAGUAUUUCCUGUGCUCGUGUUCCUGAUUUAUGGUCGAAUGACACAUUGAAAAGUUUAUUUACUCACUUCCUGAUACCUUUCUUUUUAUGCUACUCUUUUCUGAACAAACGAUCAUCGAAAGUUCAGAGCCAUCUUUGAGCUCCUUCAGACCUCUCCACCAAAACGUGAAAUGUGCUCGUUUCUCGACGUGAAGUUUUCAUCUCUGGUCGGGCAGGAAAUUCCUUUUCCUGAGGACUUUGGUACAAAGUGAAUUAGCCCCACGAUGAAUCUUGUUUGUGGAAGCAGAAUAAUGAAGGAUUGAACAAUAAGGAUCAAUUAGGGGGACACAUGCCGGUGGCAGUGCCCAUUUCGUCAACAUAAAUUGCAACUGAUGUAGUGUGCAUUGUCUGGAUGCAUUCUGUAAGCCAAUAAUUUGAUCAGCAGAGUCGGCCUAUAUUCGAUUGUUUCGAAUUCCGGGACAACUGCUGACCCGUGCUGGCUGGCGGGAUCGAGUUUCACCCAUCUCGAAUUGAUCGGGAAACCCUUGGCUGGAGAGAGAAAGAGAUGUUGUGUGUAGGACGGUGUGCCCAGGCAGCCAACCAGCAGCAGGGCCCAGCCUAGGAAAAAGAGAACGAGAGAGAUAGAGAAGAACUGCCGAGCUUUUGGCUGUAGCUUCCUUUUGAAUCCGCUGUCGAACGGCAGCAAUAGAGGCGCAUGAGCGGAAGAUUGCAAGGACGUGAUGCUGUAAGUCCUCCUCCUCCUCCUCCACGAGCCGUGUUGUGGUUCGGGAGACGUAAAGGGAUCCUGCUUCAUCCAAGUCGCAUCAAACACCUUCUCUCUCUUUCCCUCUCUGUCACACACUCCCCACACCAUUCCUCUCUCAUGGAUUAACUCAGUUUCGACGACAUUCGUCUGGCUUCCCGACGACGAACUAGGCCAUGGAUUCCGGCACCAAACAGAAGAAGAAGAAUGGAGCUGAUCAGCCGGUCUCCGAGGAUAUCGUCCCUCUACACAUCCAGACCUUUCUCUGGAGGCAGACGAGUUCCUUUCUUCGCCCGAAAAUCGGCAAAAUGCACGAAGCCAGCUGCAUUUUCUGCCAACAGGCGCCAGGCCAUCAUGAGAUGAAAGAGGCGUGCAAGUCUCUGGAGAAGAUUCUCGUCCAAAACAUCCGAGUGGGUCUGUCUCCUAAUUUCACGGAAGCCAUUCGAUCCAUUUCCAGAUGGAAAUUUGUCCAGUCUUCCUUGCCUCACGUCAUGCUCUGCACCGCCCAGCUGAUUGAACGGAAAGACACUAAUAAUCUGCAGAAUGUGGGAACGGCCGCCAGCAAGCUCCUCUACACGCUACAUUGGACUCUAUUGGAUGCGGCGGAAGAGUGCGCCGAUGCGGAUCGCGAAGCCGGCAUUGCGCCGCGGGAGCCAUUUCCCUACAUCUUCCCACUUACGUGCAUCCAGGAAUUCGUUUACCUUUUCGCUCCGCUACGUCACCUGUUGAAAGAAGCCGAUUUGCAAAACUUCCGGCUGGAGAACGGACUCAAGAUCUGGCCGGCCCUGUGGGAUUACCGCCAUCCCAACGCCCAGUGCUUUACGGCGCCCGUCCGACCCAAAAAGAGCAGCACCAUUCGUAAGAAAACCAACCACAAUGCGGCGGCGGCGGCGGUUGUGGCGUCGUCGUCGGCCUCCUCUAAUCCUCUGGCCCCUAUACCAACCACAACAACAUCCGCAUCCGUCGCUUCCGCCGCCUCGGUAUCGGGAGGAGCAUUACCAACCGUUUCUGCCGCUCCGCCGCCGCCGCUCACGCCCAGAGAGACGGUGACGUUCAGUGACGUGUUCAUCGGAUCGAUCGAUCGUGACAGCGACAGCAUUGGAGAUGCCCGUUCUCUUCUGGAUCUCGAUAUUGGGAGACUGCCGAAAGAUAACGAGUUCCCGGAAACUAUUCCGGAAGAGACGUCGAGCACCGAAGAGGAGCACGUGGUUAUUUUUCGGUUGCCUUCAGCUCCGGAUUCAGACGGCAUUCGAGACUCUUCCAUUUAUCAGGCAGAAUCGAGCAUCAUUCACCCCAGGAGCUACCUCACAGCUGAUUACAAUGGCGACAAUGGUUCCCGCAUGGCUACCACUCCCGAUGCUCCUUCCAGCAAAAGAUUGCUGAACGUGGCGCAAGAGUCGUGGUUCCAGAAUGACACGAUCGAUCCUCAAUAUCCUCACAGGAGGUCUUCCGUUUUGGACGACAUAACGGCCGCUACUUUUCUAGACGUGGCCGUCGUCCGUUGCCUUUUCAUUCCGCGCUGGUGCGAGGAAGGUGUCCACUGGGCUCUCCAGUUCCUCUUUUACCGGUUGCAGGAAAUCAGCGAAGAAAUGCGUUCCAGGUGCCCGCAGCGCAAGCGGAGCAGUUCCCUUCCCGUCCCCAAAAUAGAGGUCUCCCUCUGCUCUUCCAGUUACGAGACGAAAACAAAAGAGGCUCCGCACUGUGGCAAAUCCGGCGACUAUUUCGAUCAAAGCCGACAUUAUUCAGCAGGCUCGAGUCCGACGGAGCCGACGGAGCGCAAGGAACCGGAAAUCAACAACAGCAGCUGCAGCCUCGGCGGGUUGCAGAGCAACCACAACAGCAGCAGCCACGGGAUGAACAACAACAGUUCGAGUGCCAGUGCGACGACGGGCGGGACGACGAAACGACGCAAAAUGGCGGAUUUGAAAGCGUUUGUCGAGACGCGGCUUCUCUCACGUUCUCACGACAAGAUGCUGGAGAAAAUCGAUUUCAAGAACUCUUCCACCACCACCACCACCACCGCCGCCGCCGCCGCUCAUCAUAAUAGGACGCAGCAGCUUCUAUCCGCUCCGGAGACCCGCGAGGAGGAAAAGUAUCCACCCAACGACAAGAGGAUCCUCCUCGACAAGGAGCAGCACGCCAUACCGCCGCGACCGUUGUCGGCUUUGGCCAACUUGAGGGACGACAAUGAUUACGCCAGGCGCUCCUACUUGAUGCAGGAGCCCACAGCGCUGGUCAAAGGCAAGAGCAUGCCCAGUCUCAGUUGUCUUAUUGAUGAACUUGCGGCUUCUGGAUACUUGGGAUGCUCAACCAGUGACCACACGACCCCCAUGUUCAAGAAGAAGGACCACGCCAAAAUAUCGCCGCCCGUCACUAAGACAAAUCCACCGCUGCCGACGUCGCAUCCAGUUAUCACCGUCACGGAGGCCAAUCCAUCAACUCCCACCGGCGUCAAAGUCCAUCAUUAUGGAGCGGACGGAGAGGGAGGGAGAGCGUCGGCUCCGACGAGUCCGUUGAAUCGUUCGAGCACCGAUUCCAAUAUCGUCUAUCCCUUUGAAGAUCUUCCGGAAGCCUCGGGCGCUUCCCACUUUGUCAACAAAGAUGGCGGAUUCGAUUUGCACGUCAUCUUGGAAGCCAUUCACGCGGUGACGUCACGGGCUGACGUCUGCUCGGUCCGCGUUUGCGAGACGUCGCUCAGCGUCCUGGAACUUUUGCUGGAUCUGGGCGUGGUCACGACGCCCGUCACCUCGCCCAACAAUUCCGGCGGCAAUAAGGACGACCACCACCACCACCGCCGCCAGCAGCAGCAGCAGCCGCAGCCGCAGCAGCCAGCCGGAAAUGGAUUGUUGGGUGUCAACCAAGAAGAACUUUCACGUCACUCGCACGGUGUUUGUGUUGAUAUUGUCGCCAGAGUGUUCCAGCACGUCGGCUGCCCGCACGGCUGCGGUGACUCCCGGCGCGAUCCGUCUUCCGAUUUCAUCCGCUCUCAGGGCCUCCUCUUGAUGGCUCAACUUCACCGCAUAUCCGGCAAAUACUUCCGAUCCUUCUUACGCCAAACGCUCAUCUGCCGCUACACUCUGGUCGAAGUCAUCGACUUUCUACACGCCCUCGUGGGAUUCUGCGUCGAUCCGGGAUUCGUCCUCUCGCCAAUCAGCCAGAAGAGAAAUUCCCGUUUGGGAGUCGAACAAACUGGAACGAGUUACGUCCCCAAUUUCAGUUCCCCUCGGACCAUCGAAGGACACGUCAUCAAUUGCAUCUUCAAACCGUUCGUCACCCGACUCACGGCCUCGUUGAAAUUCCUCAAGUCAUCCGAGAAUGUCGCGCUGUACUGCGAUGUACGCCAAUUGCUGGCCUACAUCAAAGACGUCCACGGCGGAAUCUUCCGGCGGGUGUUGCUCAGUGGACUGUUGGAUUCAGCCGCACGUCCGCAACAACCGCAAGACACUCCGCCCGAAAACAGUGGCUAUUUCAAGGAUUGUUUGCAAUCGACAGGAGACGAUUGCGGAGGGGUGCCUCCUGCCACUUUCUUCGUCGUGGACGAAACGACUUCGGAAAAGAACCGGAAGGGCAAAAAGAAUGCGAGUGAAAUGGAUGGCUGGAGUGACGAGGGGAAUUUGAUACGCAAAGGCUCGGUGGUUCACGCACUUGCCCUCUCUGCCCAGAGGUUCAGGGAGAAGGAACCCAAAGUGAAGCAGCGCUUCCCUGUCAUCAGCAACCGUAGCAGCCGGAAGAGUUCCCAAAAACUCGGAAUAGUUGGUUGGAUGCGCAAGGAUCGUCGGUGUCAAGGGCCCAACAGCCAAGGGGCCGGUGAAGAGCCGCUGGAUGUCGCCCAGGCCGUAGCUCCUUCUUUGUUGAAAUUGCAGCAGAGAGGAACGGGCAGCAAUAAUGUGGGCGUCACCUUGCAAAAGGCCCGCCGGCGAGUGGAACAUCAUUUAACGCGCAUCGGUUUUGGCAAGAGCCGACGGCAAAUCAUCAGCCGUGAAGCGACGCCAGAUCCGAGUCGGCGGAAUUCACCCGAGAUGGAUGGAAAUGGAAGAGAAAUGUUUGUGGUCAUUCCCAGGGAAAGGAAAAUGGUUUCAGGGCCGGCCAUUUACGACGGAAUGCUUCGAUUGAGUUUCCUUUUGGAAGCUUGUCAACCAGGGACCAUACCCGAUGCCAACCUCAUCGCUGCCGUUCUCGAUUUGCCACAAUCACCGGUGAUCGCUCGAGCCGCUUUUCUGUUCGAGUGCGCCCAUUUUGUCAACCGCUGCAACCGCGGACAGUGGCCGUCUUGGAUGAAGUUGAAUUUGCCGUUCUAUCGACCGUCGGGGCCUUUAUCUAACCGUGGAACUCCAUCAGGGCAGAGGCGAACGCACAUUCUUCAACGAUUGGGUGGUCGAAUGUUUUUCUCCUGGGCCGAGGCAAUCGGAGUCCGGUUGGAAGAAAUUCUGAUUGAUGAUGCGCUUUGUUGCGAAGACUACGACGCCCACGUCAUGGAUGAACAACGCCAACGAAUUCUCAUCGAGGACGACGAGAAUGAAGACUUUCUAGUUGAAGCGAGUGUUAACCCUUCCGGGCGAGACUUCCCCUGGCCAUUACGUUUGGCUGCCUGUAUGCUCCUCUAUGAAAUCACGGCUUUCCUGCGGGAUUCCUACCGUCGCCUUCCCCGCUCCACGCGCGUUUCCCUCCGGAGCAACGACGCCACCAGUAAAACGGGCGGCGGAAACAACGCGGGCGGUAGCCUCAUUGUCGCUUCCGGCUCUUCGUUUAAUGAGCAAACACGCGGCGGCAAUCCGGCUAGUGGCGGAGCUCCUUCCGGUGCCGUUGUCAUUUCCAGUGGCGAAUCUUUCACUCACCAUUCCACCGGUGGAACGGGAGGAUCGGGAUCGUUAGCCUUGGCCACCACUUCCAUCGCCACGCCGGCCAGCAAUCCAGCAGGUGGACGACGUUGGAGUAUGGCCCUGUCUUCCAUGGGCCAGUCUCAGAAUUCCGCUCAGAGUCUCCAAUCCAUCACCGGAGACGGGCAUUCAAUUGGCGGAGUUCCAGGGGAACGCAAAAUCAGUUUCGUCCUUCACGAACCUGACGAUGAAUCGCUGGACAGCAGCAACACGACUCUCACGUUUCAGGGGGAUGAUGCGAUGGAAGAGAAACGCAACCGACGGCUGGCUCAAGGGCGGCCGUAUCUACUCCGACGGAGUACCAUGAGCAACACGGGAUCUUUCAAGCGGAGGAGUUUGAAACUGAGACGGAGUCAUCGCGAGUCCCGCCGCGGUGGCGACCAAUCCGACGCCGAAUCCAUCAAGCGAUCGGAUUCGAUCCGCUCGAAGCGAAAAGUCUCGUCGAUAUCGGACCGCAGUGAUAUCUCGGACGUGCCGAUGGAUCACGACAUCUCAGGGGAAGAGAGUCCCGGAAUCCUCAGCGACGACGGCCAACACGAAAGUCCCAGCGACGGUGCAGCCGACAUCGAGGAAGGAAUCUCAACUCGUGGAAUGCCUUGGCUCCGAUCGGUUUUGUUGCUGUCCAAUUCGUUCAACUACCAAUGCCAACAUCAACACGUGUGCCACCCUCGGUGCUUCCGCAGACAGAGCCGGGCCUGCAGCCGGAUGCUGAGUAGCGUCCGGAAGAUUUACGGCGACGAGCCGCAACACCAGGAAGUCGUGGAAUUUCUAAGUUUCAGUAAAAAGUCUCGCCAUCACAAGGAUCACGACAAAAAGGAAAAAGCCUCUAAAGGAGCCCAGAGCAGACCAGGAUCUCCUCUGAGGCGAAGAGAAAGUGUCGCCAACAAGAAGGAAAGAUCCACCAACGAUUUGCUGUCAAAGGCGAGUUCUUGCCACAGUUCAUCGGCCGCCUUGUCACGCGACCAAAUCGAACACGACCAAUGGGACCGCAACAAAGUCAUGGGACUCCAGAGCAAACACUUUCCAAACGAAAGCGAUGGCGACGAGAACAAAUCCAAGAAGAAAGAGGAUCAUCCCAUGGUGAAAUACAUCAAAUUCCAGGUGAUGGAUCUUUUCCAAGCUCCGCUAUUGGUUCUCAUCAAAAGUGCCACCAUCAUGAACGACGAGGCAUUUCUCGACAUUAUCCCGAUCGCCUGGGAACUGCUCCUGGACGUCCAAAAGGAAACGGUUGCCGCGGCUGCCGCCAUGUUUAUCCUGUCGGCCGUCCGCUGUCCGGAACCUAUAACCCUCCUACUCAACGGAAGUUUGAGACAUCCAGACCCAAUUGAACGAUUCAAAGCGCUUCUCAAAUUUCAAGUUUUAUGGCGGUCGAGGUAUCAAGUCUGGCCGCGGAUGGAAGAAGGCGCUGCUCACUCAUUCAAAGUGCCACCACACGCCAUCGAGUUUACCUUGCCAUCGCCCAGGAUCGGUGUGGAAUCUCUGCCGGUGGUCGAUCCUCCUUGGAUGCCACACGUCCGAACCAGAGUCCAGGAAGUCACGCUCAACCAAGACACGCACCGCUCGCUGGUGACGGCCACCAAGACGCGGAAGAAACAACAAACGGAACUGGUCGAAUCGGCUCUCAAAGCCGAAGAGGAUCGUAAAUGCAGCGAGCGGGAAAAUUUCCGCAUUAGCGCCGUUCCCGUCACGAUCCAAGCGUCUUACGAACCGGCUCUUCAUCACGUUGGAGCAGACGAUCAUGACGAUGCAGAUGAUGAAACCCAACAGCAAAGCCGGACUUCUGGCCAGCCUUUACAAUCGGCUCAGUUUCUUUUUCCGUCGUGUUUGUGCUCGGCUAUCGUCCCCAUCGUCGACCUUUUGGACGAUUCCGUUCUAACGCCAGAUGGCGUGGCCGUCUGCGAUUUGGCUAAUCAGGUGUUGCAUUCGUGUUUGGUGGAAGAUACUGCCCUUUUCCUGCGCCACAUCCUGGAACGAUUGACUCGUGAAAAACAGGACGAGAUGUUCGCUAUUUUGCGCCGCCUUUUGCGCUUUGUUGCCUACCUGCCGCAACAGACGGCCUUCACUCUACACAAUUAUCUCAUCGGCUACAUCAUGUUCUACGUCCGGACUCCGAUGGAGGGCAGUCAGGAUCUAGUCGGCAAUGCCUUAUCCUUGUUAUCCAUGGUGGCGCCAAGUGUUCAGGGUUUGUUGUUUAAGGAUCUCAAGCAGAUUUUACGCAAGGAGCAAUGUGAUGCUUCGAUCCUGAUCACAGCCAACGUUCCAUCUGCCAAAAAGAUUGUGGUUCACGGGCCCAACGAAUCCGAUUCCGGCGCCAUUCCGUCCCAGUUCCCCAUCCAGGAGGACACGCAAUUUUCGCAGAUAUUACAAGAAUCGCUCGAUUUCUUUUCGAUCGACGAGCACAGACAACGCGAGUACUUCCUGGUCGACUACCGGACCAACCAGAUACACAAUCCAUCAGCGUACGUUCGGGAUUAUUACUUCUUCAAGCGAUCGCAGUACCCUCAGCUGAACCUGGUGCACAUGGACCCCGUCAGGGCUCACGACGCCCUACAGAAGCAAGCCUUCACCGAGAAGAUGGUGGAGCUGGGCAAGGUGCAGUUUGUCACGUCAGUUCUGAAAAGUUCCAACCAGAUUGUUGCCCGUGUCCUAUUUCUGCACGAGGAGCUCAUGAAACUGCCCUCCUUCCCCAGGAAAGCCCUCGAGGCCGAUCUGGGCCUCUACAGCAACGGUUGCAUGGGCAAGGAACUGAGUGCUCUGGAUUUCAUGCACAAGCUCAGCUGGGUGAAACUAAUCCGACAAAUGUUUGAAGCCAUGGUGGGCAACUUUGCUUACUCGGGGGACAUCCACCUCUUCAUCAACGUGAUCAACGGAGCGUUGGUCCUCUACUGUGAAGACGCCGUAAUGCUUCGUUUCUGCAUGGCCACCUACAUCAAUGCCGGUCAUCAGUUCCGCAACGUGUUCGCUUUGAACGGGUAUUCCCUGAUUAUACCGACCAUCUUGCGCAUCUACUCCAACUACCAGAGCAAUCCGCUGGUAGCGCGGACGAUCGAGUUCACCAUCCAGCAGUUCUACAUCAUGCACAGGAAGCCGUUCAUGUUGCAGCUCUUUGGCAGCGUGGCGCCUCUGCUCGACACGGACUCUAGCGCCGUUUACGGCGACGCCAGCAAAGUUCGGGUGCAGAGCCUCUUUCGCCUUUUGCUCUCGCUGGAGCGCGUCGGAGUUGAUCCGCUUCACUUGCUGGAUUUGGUCGCCGCCGAGAAGCCCCUGAAGGCUCUCGACUUUUGCUACCACGGAGAGUCGGACACGAUCAACAUCCUCGACUCGAUCGCCAUCGCCGUCAUGGGCGCAUCUUACGCCAUCGACACUCACAGAGGACACCAGCUUUUGAUGAUCCUGGAAGCCAUUUUACCGGCUUAUUUGAAACACCUGCAGACCAGUGCGGGUCGCAAAGAUCCGCGGACCGAAAAGGACAUCCUCCAUCAGUUGGGAGUGGCCAUGAAGACGCUCAUUUCCAAUGCCGAAGCGCUGACAAAGAAUUAUUCCGGACCACAAAGAACGUUUGAGAAAUCGCCGAGUCAGAAACCAACGUCAUCCAACAGACCGGCAACAUUGGCCACAACCAUCGAGAUUGACGAAGAUUCCCAUUCGAGAUUCUUGGGCGAUCAUUUCCGCAGCUCUUCCGUGCCGGAACGAGGGAUGAUGUCCAACAUGAACAAGGACGAUUCCGAGGCCCAGUGGCAAGCAUUCCGGAUGCCCCGGGCGACUCUGUUGUCGCUCGUCUCUGAUUACUACGUCAUUUGCAGCGCCCGUUUGACAGAAUUGAACAAGAAACAAGGGCAGGACAAGAUCAACGAGCCUCUCGAUGUCAAAUGCAACACGCGUUUGGCUGAUGUCGCCCACGCUCUGCUCAAAGUCUCUUCCUACGACGCUAUGACCAUGGCCUGCCGAGGCCUCCAGCAGUACAUGACCGUCCUGAUGCCCAAUGGCGAUUGGUCCCAGGAGCCCAUGAAGCAAGUGCUCAACACUCUUUUCCGUCGGCUGGACAAAAUCUUUUCCAAAAUCUACAAGAUCCCGUCCAUGAGGAAAAAUUUGGAUUGGGAAGCAGCUGCCUGUCUGCUCAAGGGCGUGUACCUGACUUUACGCAAAUCACCCUUCAUCGUUCAUGCUACGCCUUUGCGUUCCUUAAUAACCACCUGUCAGUCGCUGAUUUUGGGUGAUCUUUCGGCGAGCAUGUCGGCAGUUGACGGCGGCUCUCCAAUUCAUUCCCGUGGAGGAGGAGGAGCAGGUACCGCCCGGCGCUCCUCAUUAGCUCCGCCACCUGCCUUUUCUUCCAUCGUCGUCCAACUGGUCGCUAUGCAGAUUCUGGCCCUCGGGCUGUUCAGCCACAUUUCAUUGGAAACCUACUCGCUGGAACAGGCCUGCGGUGGCAACUUUGUCUUCCCAACAGCCGAACGGACCGAAUCGAUCCUGCUCAAUUUGCUCCUUCCUUUGUGUCUCAGAGUGGGAUCGGGACGGAAAGACGCACCUCGGGUCCGUCAAUCGGACAUCAGUUUCGCUUUGACUGUCGUCCUGCACGCGCUGAGUCCGCCUUCCGCUCAGCAACAGACACGCGUCGUGGCCGCCAAAAACAUCAGUUCAUCCGGCGUUGGAACGGGCGGUGGUCCCGUUGGCGGUGCCGCCAGCGGUGGCGGCUUCGGCGGAGGCGUUGGCGGAGUUGGUGGCAGCGGCGAUGGAUCGAGGGGCGGAUCGCUGAGCGUCCACAGCGGAGGUGGAACGCAUCCGCAACAGCAGCAGCGCUCGGGCAGCAGCAACAACCGGACGACUUUGCUUCAAGUGGCUUUCCUCGGCAUGAAAGUCCUGAUGACUUGCUUCAAUCAUCAACUGUCGCUGGAUUGGCCGCGAGUGGCCCGCUGCAUCCGCGACAUUGGCGAGCGGCGGGGCGACGAGAGAAAUUCGGCGUUUUGGAACUUUUUGAUCUUUGUGGCCACUCAGAGAGGGCCCCUCUUUCCGCUCAUUCUUCCGCUCAUGUGGAACAAGAUUGCGGUGCCGGUUGACGGUCAAGAGGAGCAGAUCCUUCAGGAUUUGCUGCGUCAGAAGUUGAACGGAUCGUCCGAAAUUAGUCCACUUCCUUCUGGUGAGCUGAUGGACCAUUUCCUGGCCGAAUUGAUGAUCCUCAACGAUGAAGUCACCAAUCAACGAGAAGACGAAGCCGAGAACGAUAACCGGCGGAGUAUCAUGGCCGACGGACGGAGUGAAAUGUCCAAUGCCAGCGGCAAUUCCCGCCGGCCGACUAUUGAUUCCAACAUGUCUCGUGAAAGAUCCUACAUCUCCAGGGACGUCAACUUACUUGUAGCUCCUACAGGAGGAGGAGGUCCAAACAUGUCCAGUUCGAAUUCCGGCGGCUCGAGCAUGGCCCAGAAUUUACGACGCCAAUGGAGUGUCCGCAGUGAAAACCGAUCCAUCAUUCCCGGAGUUGGAAUGACUCAGCGCCAAAUCAGUUUGCAGGCCAGCAGCAGCACUGGUGGUGGCGGUGGCCGUGGUGGUUACGAAAUCGAGGAUAAGAUCAACAUGCGCCGGACGAGUUACGCGGGCGAGGCAUCCAGCCGUUCAUGUUUGCCGUCAGGAGCUAAAGGAGCGUCCGAUACGCGUUUGAACCGGCGAUCGCUGCUCGCCGGCCAUCCCGUCUCCACCACCAGUUUGGUUUCACGAUCCUCGUCCAUUUCUGAAGUGGAUUUCUGUGAACUCGACGAGACGGAAGACGCUCUCCUGGAGGAGCCAACCGCAGCAGACGUCGGGGGAGGUUCGACGUCGAUGGAUAAUCCAUCAAUGGCCGUCGAUCUGCCCACGGAACCUACCAGCGCCAGCGCCGCCGCCGCCAUGCAUCCGCGUCUCCACCGCCAAAAGUUGCAGAGCAAAACCAAUCGAGGGAAGACUUUCCGUUCCAUGAAAAACAACAAGGCCGUCGCCAACAUUGAGGUGUCGCACAUUGAAGUGGAACAGGAAUUGGUGACCAUCAGUCCAUCCGUCAAAGUGAUUUCGUCGUCUUCCGCUUCGACGGCUCAUUCAUCCGCCGCCGACGCCCAUCAGCAGAACACGUUCCAGUUGCUCCUGGUGCCGAGUUCCAGUUGCGGACAACCGACGACGACCACGACGCCGUCGACGGGCCCAACCGGACAAUCGAGACUGGGCGGAGUCAUUCACAGUCGACGGGGUCACCAUUCGAAUCCGCCGGAAGGAGCCGGCGCACGUUCAGCAGCGACGGCCAACACGAAAGCCUCUGCCCUGCUGUACGACGGACUCGAGUCCGUUUCCACGGUCAAGUCCUCGGUCGGGACGGUGUCUGUGGGUGUGGCCGUCCAGGUGUCGACCGCCUCCUACGUUCCGGCUCCUAGGCCGGCCACAGCGGCUCAGAGGAGUCAACUGAAUCGACCGCAACCGCCUCCCAUUCCGCCCAGGAACAUCCGAUUGACGGUCAACUAUCCUGGAAGUCACGGCGAGCCGUCCAGCAGCGGAAGCGGAGGAGCCGGAAGUGGUGGUAGCAGCAGCUCCUCUUACAAACCGAUGCACCACCGAGGCGGACCGUAUCGCGAGCCGCCCCUAAUGGAAGAAAGUGGCGACUCGGCCACCGACAACAACAACCCGACCAAAACCAACAGCAGCAGCAACAACAAAACAACAACCAUGACUUCUUCGUCUUCAUCAUCCGGCGGAUUCGUCCAGCACAAACCCCGGAUAAUCACGGCGGGACAUUAUCACCACCGCCCGCCCAUUGUCCCCAUGUCCAGCAGCAGCGAAGGUCCGGACGGCGACGAGGAUUCCGACGCGGAAACCAACAGCCGCAGCGGAAUGAUGCCCUGCGUUUCCAACGCCAACGACGGAACUUCCAUCGAGUCUCUGGUCCUGGAAGAGACGGCCCUUUUACUGCCGGCCACUUUACCCACCGGUCGCUCUCUCAUGCGCAACAUUACCGAACGCGACGAGGACACCCUUAUCUAGAUAUCACAACACACGUAACACACAAAUAAAAUUACAAGUAAAUAAAACAAAACACACACAAAUUAAUAAAAAAAAAAUUUAAUAAAAUUUCAUCAAUCAACGAAUUUACCUUUUACACCCUCCACCCUUCCCGUUGUGUACACAAAAAUAAUUUUUUAAAAAUGGAAAAAAAAUAACAAAUUAAAAAAAAAAUCCCAAAUAAGGAAAUUUAAAAAAAAAUAGAAAUUGAAUAAUGAUAGGCCACAUUAUGUAAUUAUGUAGUGAGUCACGCCAAAGAGGAGAAACCCCACUUCUGCCCACCCACCCCCCCAAGAAAAAAUGAAAUGAAGAAAAAAAGUUUGUUAUUAAAAAAAUGUUGGAAAUUUUUUUUUAGAAAGUUCAUGUUAAACAAAAAAAAAUUAUUAAUUAUCAUCAUGUCUUAUUAAUCUAUCAAUUGUUAGUUGAAUACAAUGAGCAGCACGUACCGUCCGUUAUUCGCUGUGAAACCACACCA